AUGAAUAAGAAAUUCGAUCGAGUGCUCCAAUGGAGCAAGGAGAAGAUGGGGAACGACAGCAAAACAUCUGCGACAGAUGAGUUCAAAACAAUGGAAAUGGAAAUGCAAAUGCGACAUGAGGGCAUGGACAAACUCCACUCCUCCGCAAAUAUCUACAUCAAAUCCCUCUCUAAACGUCGCGAAGGCGACGAUCGCGAGAAAAUGAUUCCGAUCGAUAUUGUCGGACAAUCUAUGGUUAUUCACGGCGAGGAGUUCGAACAGGACUCGCUGUAUGGCCAAUGCCUAGCGAACUUUGGAAGGGCGCACGAGAGCAUUGCGCGCGUGCAGGAAUCUUAUGUGCAGAACAUCAAUGAUAAUUGGUUACUCGGAUUGGAGAGGGAUCUGACCCAUAUGAAGGAGUAUCAGGCUGCAAGGAGGAAGCUAGAAUCUAGGCGGUUAGCGUACGAUACCGCACAAUCUAAGAUGCAGAAACAAAAGAGGGAAGAUUUCAGACUAGAGGACGAAUUGCGGGCUCAGCGAAUCAAAUACGAGGAAUUGAGCGAUGAGGUCUUGCGACGGAUGAACGAUAUCCGAGAUGGCGAGCAAGAAACCCUCAUGGAACUUGGCGCCUUCCUCGAUGCUGAGCUUGAGUAUUAUGAGAAAUGCAGGAAUCUCCUGUUGAGAGUGAGGGAACAAUGGCCGGUUCAAACCAAGAAAACAAAGGAUCGCUCCAGAUCCCGCUCUAACACCGCUCACUCUUUCUCCAACGGUUUCAGCACCAGAGAAUCCCCGCAAGAAUACGAAGAAGAACCACAACCCGCCCUCCCUGAACGUCCCAGCAUCAAAUCCCGUGGUGUUUCAGCAUCUCAUGCCUCAGAUUGGGACUCCAACGGCCGUCAAACACCUGAACUCCGUUCCCGCGCUUCAUCAUGGAAAAUUGGCGGUGAAGCCCUCUCUCGCACUAGUAGUGUAGAGUCUUCAUCCGCCGCUCCAACUAGAAUGCUAAGAACGGUUACCGAACCGAUUGCUCCACCUUUACCAGCUGGUAGAGGUGGUUUGAGACCCGUGAUCACCAGAACGCCUAGUUAUAAUACUCAUAGCGAAGAUCCAUCACCGGUUGAACAUCCAAGCCCCGAAUCGCGACCCCUCUCGAGACCGUUGUCUAGGAACGCGAGCUCGCAGAGUUUGGGUGGUAGCAGCGGGGUAAGGAAGAUCGUACCGCCUCCACCGCCGGCAUCGAGGAGCGUGUCUGGAAAGAAACCGCCACCACCUCCUCCGCCAGUUAAGAGGGCUGGAUUGUCGAGCUUGAGUAUUAAUGAGUAA